GUGACUAAUUCCUCUAAUGCUUUUUUUUAUAUUUGACUUAUGUUUAAGUGUACUCUCGAUUUAUUUAGCCCAAAAUGAAAUUCAUCAUCGGGUCUCUCCUUAUAUUCUCCCAGCUCCUAUAUUUCUGCAACGGAAAAUGCAACGUGAUCGCUUCUGGAGUAAGCAAAGAGACCCAACGACAUAUAGUGACAUUACAUAACAAUUAUAGGCGUCAGCUUGCAAACGGCAAGGUCAAAGGUCAACCCAGAGCAAUUAAUCUAAAACGAAUCUCCUGGGAUGAAUCGCUUGCCAAGGAGGCUCAGAUUAUAGCGGAGACCUGUAAAUGGGGCCACGUGGACGUAAAGGACAAGAGAUUUGAUGUGGGGCAAAAUCUCGGUUUUGUGGUCAGUAAUAUACAAGAAGCUAACUGGACCCAGGUGAUUUCCUCAUGGUGGAACGAACAUAAGGGUUAUAAGUUUCCAAGGGAAUUUACUAUAAAAAAUGGACAUUAUAGACAAAUGGCUUGGGCAAAAACCCACUUAAUCGGAUGCGGAUUUGUCGCAUUCAAGGAAGACGAAGGCGAUUUUUCUACGAAAUAUUUCGUUUGUAAUUAUGGACCUGGUGGUAACGUUAUUGGGCAACCACCUUACAAGAAUGGUCAUUCUGGAUGCCAGAAAUUGUGUUAAAUGUGUGUAAUCAGAAGUAUUAAAGAAUUUGUAUUAAUUUUUAGUAGAAAGGAUGUCAGGUUGAGUUUGGGUUGGACAUUUCCUUAAAGUCAAAAUAUUUUUUUAAAGUUUAAGCCUUUUCAUAGAAUAGAUUUUCAUGAGUCAAUGGAUUUUUUCAACUGCCUGGAAGAAAUAAAUAAUUACCCCAA